AUGCAAGACAUAGAAUAUGAAUAUGAAUCUUUGGGUGCAAAUUCAACCAUGACUCAGAAUGCAAUUGCAGGCGCAAUGGCAGGGAUUGGAGAACACUGUAUAAUGUAUCCUGUAGACAGUAUUCGGACAAGAAUGCAGGUAUUAUCAGUACCAGAACUUACAACAGCCAUCGCGUCUAGGAAACAGUGGAUCAAACAAGGAAAUCUCUGGAAAGGUGUUUAUUCUGUUAUUGCUGGUGCCGGCCCUGCUCAUGCUGUUCAUUUUGCAACAUAUGAAUUUUGUAAAGAAAGACUCAAUAAGUCCAUAGCUUACAGUACUGAGGUGAGCUUACCUAAUGGAGACAUGUUGACAAUACCAAGUCAUUUGAUCGCCUCAGCAGGAGCAGGCGCCAUUGCUACGUUUUCUCAUGACUUUUUGUUGACACCAUUUGAUGUGAUAAAGCAGAGGAUGCAGAUUCAAAGCACGAAAUAUACAUCUGUUAGGGAAUGUGCCAAGACGGUGUACAGAGCAGAAGGCUUGAAGGCGUUUUAUAUUUCAUUUCCUACAACACUGUCGAUGUCAAUACCGUUUCAAUCCGUACAGUUUGCAACUUAUGAAUACUGUCGAUCUAAAUUGGACCCAGCUGGGACCUACAGCCCAAAGACGCAUGUGAUUGCUGGUGCUGUAGCAGGAGCAGUCGCAUCAUCCGUAACAACACCAUUGGAUGUGAUAAAAACAUUGUUACAGACACGUGGAACAUCAGUAGACCCAGAAGUAAGAGAUGUAAGAGGCUUCAGGCAAGCUGCUCGUUUGAUUUAUAGUCGUUAUGGCAUCAAGGGCUUCUUUAGAGGAUUUCGACCUAGAGUAUUAACCAAUAUGCCAAGUACUGCUAUCAGCUGGAGUGUAUAUGAAUAUUUCAAGUGGUUUUUAGCAAGCGAUUAA